ACAAACAAACAAAAAAACCCCUGAAAAGGGUUAAAAAUCUCAAAUGAAUGGUAGAAAUCUUUCUUUUCCUACUUUCCUUCUCAUUAAAAUAAAACCUCUGAUACCAUUUAGAUGUUUAAUUUUACUAUUAUAUUGAAAUUCAAGGGAAUUUAAUUUGCUCUAUGAUAUUACACAUACAUUAAUAGAAUACCUUAGUUUUCAAAAAGUAAAAAAAAAAAAGAAAAUUUAAAAAAAGCCAUUCUUUACACACAUUCGCGUAAAGUCAUAACAAAAAAAGUUUACUGUUUACGAAAUAUUUUAAGUACGAAUUAACUGUCAGCAUCCAAGUUGUAACAAUGGCGGGAAACAUAGCGUCCUUUAUGUGUCUCCUGACUCUCCUCGCUUUUUGUGCAGGAUUCGAGAUCAACUCUCAGGAAUGCGACCCUUUACGUAACACUUUUGUUUGUCGGUGGAAAGGAAAAGGGAACUACAUAGUCAGCACUCCUCUGCACCAAGAAAUCUUGACGAUGAAUUAUAUGACCAUAGGAGCAUUGCUGAUCGUACCACUACAGAUGAAAGGUAGCCUGAUGAAAGUCGAAGUAAAAGAUGGUGAUAUUGCUUGUUCGGCAAUAAUCGUCCCACGUACAGUUUCGGUAUACAUCACCAAACAAAGAUGUGAGACUUCGACUUCCACCCCCACCCCCACCAGCACACAGACCUCGGAUUUCACCCCCACUGGCACACAGACCUCGGAUUUCACCCCCACUGGCACACAGACCUCGGAUUUCACCCCCACCGGCACACAGACCUCGGAUUUCACCCCCACCGGCACACAGACCUCGACUUCAACCCCCACCAGCACACAGACCUCGACUUCAACCCCCACCGGCACACAGACCUCGGAUUCCACCUCCACCCCUUGGCAAGUGCUCGUGUACAUCUUUGGAGUGGUGAUAGACCUCCUACAUGAAAGUAAAAAUAUUACGGAUUUGUUUAAGGAAACAAGCAUCCAGAUUUUCCAAUGCAUUGUAAUUAUUUUAAUCCUUCGAAACAGACUUCAACAUUACCUUCGUCAAAACGGACAACAACCUAACCCCAGACCCGAUCCACAACAAAAUCCGCAACCUAACCGAAGAACACAACCUGACCGAAGAACUGACCUACAACAACCACUCCGCAGAUCUUCACGAAAAACAAGCACUCCCGAAAAAUUGAAUCUUUAAUUAAUCAUGUAAAAAUAAGUUGCUUCAAAUACUUCUAAUAAUGUUCAGAAAUUUUUGGAAUUUUUUUUAAAAAUGUAGUUUGAAUGGAUUUUAACUAUUUUUUACAGCUGGUGCUUUUUUGAGGGUAAAAGUAGUUGUAAUAUUUUUAUGACACAAGUUCACCAAAGAAUGGUGUUUUGUUUUAAUUGUAGUUAGACUGGUUCAGUGUUAUUAUACACAAACUACAAAUGCCUAAUGCUUAUGCUUGCCUAUACUUUUACCUUGUAUUUUUUUUUUUACAAUAUUUCCUGUUUUCUACAUUUUCCCAAAUUAACAAGAUGUAAUUCAUAUGUGUCAUAUUUCAAAUAUUUCUGCUUUACUCAUUUACUAGUCAUGCUAAGCAGGACUUAGGUCAUAAGAAACUGUGAUUUUUUUAAAAUUAUUUUACAAAUUGUUGUUAUUCCUAUUUUUUUUUUUUACCUAUCAUUUACUGUCAAAUUACACUCAGGUUUUUUCUGUAUAUAAAAAAGGCAUGUUAUUUUUUUCUCAGUUUGUGUGUAUACUUGUAAUUUGUAGUUUAAAUCUUUACUAUAGUUCUUCUGUUGAUCCUUUUGUUAAAAAAUGUAGCUAGAUUGACUUUAAUAUGUGACAAGUUUAUAGUGAGCAUUUUUUUUUUUAAAUAUGUAGUUAUAUUGGCUCAAUGUGUACAACUUUUACUUUUGAAUUAUCAUAUCUAUUUACUCAAUCUUGUCAUUCUACAAAUUAUUUCAAAUUAUACUAAUGAAAGUGUUUGAUUAAUUCAUACUUUAUGCAUUCCCAUUUCAUACUUCAUACAUUCCCAUUUACUUAUCACGUUAAACAACACUCAGGUUUUUUCUGUAUUAACAUUAAAGGUAUGUGAUAUUUUUUUCUUGUGUACACUUGAAGUUUGUGAUUAAAAAAAAAUCAGCAUGUAUAUAUUCAAUAAUUUAGAGUUUCUUUACAAAGUCUGAGGUUUUUUUGUAUUUUUAUGUGAGAAAUGUGUUACUUUAUGAAAAAACAAUUUGUACUUACAUUCAGUCAUUCAUAAAUUAUUGAAGUUAUAUUUUUUUUAUUGGAAAUACUCAGGUUUUUUAAAUAAUUUACUACCUAAUACUAGUAUUUUUUUCUUCUUCUUACCAAUAAAAUGUGUGUUUUUUAAACAUGUAUUGAGGUGCUUAACUUUUAACAACUGCCGACUAAAGAAAUCAAAGUUAAUAUACUGGUUGUGAAUAAAACAUUUCAUUAUUUCCAAAUUUCUCUUGUAUAAAUUUAUUAUCAACAUUUAAAAAAAAACUUGAAUAUUGUGAUUGAUAUUUAAUAAAUUUAUAGUCAAUCUUUUUUUUUUCUUUUUCUUUUUUUUGAAAAAUGUCUCAAUACUCAGUAUCGAUGCUUAAAACUAAAUAUUUAAGAUACUGAUCUUGCAUUCAAUUUUCAAAAUAAUCCUCAGGUAAAGUGUGAAGUCACUUUUAAAUUUUCCAAAAUGCUUGGAGCGAUUAAUAAUAGGGAUCUACAGUACAUAAUCUAUCUCUGAUCAAUGGAUUAAACUGAGUAUUAUAUAUUAUAAAACCGUUAAUCGUUGGUCAAGUGUUGAAAACUUCAAUAUUAAGAAAACAUCACGUUGUAGGUUGUCGAUACAUAUAUUUGUAAAAAUUGCAACAGUGUAUAAUUUUUUAAAAAUUACAGUCAAAGAUAAGGUAUCAAGGUUUAAGUACCUAGAGUAUAAUAACAUAUAGUCAAUCUAAAAUCCACUGUCAUAGAAAGGUAUGGUUAUUAUGCAGAGAGUUAUGUACACUAAGAUUUGAUUUCAUAAUUUAUACACUCUCCCAUUGUUAAGAAGUUCAUCAAUAUGAUCUUCUGUGCACUAAGAUUCGAUUUCUCUCCCAUUGUCUUAGUUCUCUUGUCUCAUUUCUUCCAGCAUAUCCUCGCAGAAAAAACGAUCCCAGGCUAGGCAUCGAUAAAAUUCCAUUGGAAUGAAAUCUAGCAAAAGAAGUUCGUCGAUAUGAUCUUCUGUUGGAGAAUAAAAUGGAUAUCGGUCUUCCUUAUAGAAUACUUGGGAAGCGUCGCAAAAACGUCUCAUUGCUCGGUAAAAAUCCUCGACACGGCCAAGUAUCAGUUCCUUUUCCUCGACGUCCUCAAUCUUUGGUCGUGCUUUUAAUUUCCAAUAUAAACCGCCUUUUUGUUCUACAAAGACGAAUCUAGCCAAUUUCAAAAGUUCUUCGGCUUUUUUCCAUGCUUCCAUACACAGUCCCACAACACACUUCCUUUCAUGGAUAAACCUCCCUCUCAGGUUAUAUAGUUUCAAACAUUGACAAAGUUCGUAAGGUCUACAGUCUAUCAUCAUUUUGAGAGCUACAACAUUAUUAAUGUAUUUCUCCCAUCGUUGAAUGGUCUGCUCGCGUGCAUUGCAUGCAGUCAUGGUGAAACUCGUAUGCGUUCUCAAAGUAAAAAUACUCUGUUCUUUAUAAUAUAUAUAUUAGCGAAGAAUUUCAAACAUUUCUAAUCUCUAAAAAUACAAUGGGGUACCCCUGAACAGACUGAUCAAGUCUGUGCUAAAAAUACCAUGAGGUACUACCCAACAUUCCUGUGACGUCACACAUUCCAUAGACUGACCAAGUCUAUUCUAAAAAUACUCAACAUUCCAGUGACGUCACACAUUCCACAAGCUGGCAGUCUGCAGUCUGGCCCAGGAGCCCUAGUUUGGUA